UAGACUUAUCUGGAAACAACUCUUUCAAAUCAUAGAUUCAAAUACACUACAAUUGUUCCAGAGAUUAAGUUCAGUUUUUGUGGAUCUUCGCGAUUAUCAAUUAAAUUGCGGAUGUGAAUCAACUGAACAGGAAUUGAUCGAAUGGAUGAAAGAUAAUGCGAGGAAGGGGGGUGUAGCUAGUUUCUACUGUGACUAUAAUGGUAAAGAGCUUAAUAUAGCUCUUGAAUCUUCAGUAAACGUUAUACAAAGAGACUGCAUGAUGAAGGUUGUUCACACAGUUCUUGCUGUGAUCAUUCCAAGUUGUAUAGCUAUAUCGUCUGUGUUAGUGAUAACAAUUAUUGUGUUUCGAAGGCGUCGUUUGAAACGCAGGGUCUUAUUGGAUGUUAUAGAAAAGAUCAGGAAGGGUGAAUUCACCAACGAUUUCUUGACAUUCCUUUGCUUUGCCAGCGACGACACAGAAUUAGUUGAAAGAGACGUGUAUCCACAUUUAAAUUCCACCUUUAAGGAUAUCAUUGGCGUUGACAAGGAGUCUGUUUGCAAAGGAGACUUAAAUUUCCGGCCAGGAUUUCGGAUUUUGGACGAGACUGAGAAAUGCCUAGAGAAAUGUUCUGUGUUAGUAGCAGCUGUUUCCAAAACCUUCUGUCAACGACAUUGGUGUGAGAACGAAUUGCUUCAAGCCGUCAACAGCGGCAAACCGAUUGUACCGCUCAUGCUAGAGAAGGUUGACAAGAAGUUAAUGCCGCAUGUUAUCAAUCAGUUCUUUGGAACAUUGGUUCAUGCGUCCCUGAUAAAUGAUGGAAAAGAAACCAAGCUGGUUCCUGACUGGCGCGUCCUGUGUAACGCAAUCAUUGAGCUGGCCGGAUUAACAUCUACUAAAACAACAGAGGGCCAGGAUAAUUGGAAUGAAAUGCCAGAAAACAAUACUAUUCACGAUUUAGAAGAUGUCCAGAUAGAGAUGCAUUAAUGAACAUGUUGUUAACGGUGAAAUAUCCCUUAACGAUAGGCUUAAGUGGCAUUAGCAGUCUAAUAUAUAUGGGUCUUAUAUUAAAAACUUACGCCUUAACAUUCCGUUUGUUCGACACCUAGAGGAUAUUGUUUGUAUCAGUGAGAUAUCGAUUACAUUUCAUCGAGUAAGAACUGAAAAUAAUGUGUUCACCAGCGGCGCAGCCACGAGUUAAAAUACUAACUGUCGGUGUUCACCAGCGGCGCAGCCACGAAUAAAAAUACUAACUGUCGGUGUUCACCAGCGGCGCAGCCACGAGUAAAAAUACUAACUGUCGG